AUGAUUUUGCUAUCUUUGCAGGAAACGUUAGAGGUACCUCCAUUUGAAGGAGUCUACUCUGCUAAAGAUGAUACGGCAUUAUGUCCACAACAAGAUGACAUAAAUUAUAAAAUAAUCGGUACCCUGGACUGCUUACGGAUCAACGUUUACGUCCCUGAAGGAACUAACCCUGACAGUCUACUCCCAGUCAUGGUCUUCAUCCACGGCGGAGAUUUCAGGAGAUGGAACUCUAACAGAGACACUUACGGUCCUGAUUUCCUUGUCACCAAAGGCGUCAUUCUAGUAACGUUUAAUUAUAGACUAGGCGCGUAUGGAUUCAUGUCUAUACAUAGAUCAGAUAUACCAGGUAACGCUGGAUUAAGAGAUCAGUGGAAAGCAUUACUAUGGGUCAGAGAGAAUAUAGUAGCUUUUGGAGGAGAUAAUGAUGAUGUUACAUUGUUUGGUGAGGACGCAGGCGCUGCUUCUGUAGAAGUCCAUAUACUUUCAAAAAAUUCUAAAGGCCUGUUUCAUAAAGCUAUUUUACAAAGUGGAUCAGUGCUUUGUGAUUGGGCCAUGGCAGAACGGGAUACACAGGCACCGAUGAAAUUAGCUAAAUAUUUAGGACUAGAUACAGAUAAUGUCGACGACGCUUUAAACUACUUAUACACAAUUGAUCCUAAAUUGGUAAUAACUGCCUCUAUAGAUACAGGUCUCAUUGAAUCUUUUAAACCGACAGUCGAAAAAGAAUUCUUUCGCGUACAAUCUAUGAUAAAAGACAAGCCAAGCGAACUGUUAAAUGAAGCGUCGUUAUCAAUCCCAAUUAUAAUAGGAUUUAAUAGUAGAGAAGAUCAUCCUAACGUGCGUUACUUCUCAGAUUCUCUUGAUGGUUAUUUUAAAAGAGCGAAUGCGAGUUUCAGAGCUAAGAUAAAUAAUUACUUCAAUUUAGAUGACGAAGAUUUAGAUGAAGUUGAGAGUCGAGUUAGAUAUUUUUACAUACCCGAUCAAAACGUCGGUCUUCAUACUAUUGAAGCUAUGUUCGAUUUUGAUGCUGACUUCUCUUUAAUGUAUCCAAGUUUAAGAGAUAGCCGAUACUAUGUAGAAGCUGGUGCUACAGUAUAUUUGUAUACAUUUGAUUACGCCGGUGGAAGGAACUAUAUGAAGAAAAGAUUUAGGGUGAAUUUGAACGUUGGAGCUAUACAUGGGGAUGAGAUUGGGUAUUUAUUUCAACAAUCGUCUGACAUACACCCUCGAUGCUCAGAAACAAAUGAAGAUAAAGUGAUCAUUAAUCUAAUGACAUACAUGUGGACAGAUUUUGCCAAAACCAGUAACCCAACUCCAGCAAGACAUAUUUUCACCUGGACACCAGUGAUUGAAGAAUUCUCUUACGCUUUGUUAGGUGCCAAGCUGCAAAUGAUACAUCACCUCUAUCACCAAAGGAUGGCGUUUUGGGACCAAAUCUUUGAGAAGUACGGAGAAUUUAUGAGGUGGUAG